CGUUUGGUAGGCCUGUGAACGUUUUCUAAAGUUUUGUGUUUGUGUUUAUUUACGUCUUGGCAACUGACAUGGACUCGUUUGUAUUUAUCCUCCUGUUGGGUAUGACGUGGGCGCUGGGCAUGGCAGUCCCGUUGACGCCCGACCUGGCCUACAUAAGGAACGGCACGUGUCUCAAUGUGCGUCCGCCGGCUUCGCUUAGCUACGGACAGUUCGCAGGUCGUUGGGUCGAAGUUUCGUCUCGUCCGAAUGUGUUCAGGCAAGCGAGGCAGUGCGUUAAUAUGCAUUUUAUCAUCACUGAAGACACCCUCCUGCGGAUCACGACAGGCAUCGACAGCGACCACGAACUGACUGAGGUGGUCACUCGAAUGCGACCCCAGGAAACGCAGUCAUCAUUCAUUCUGGAAUUGCAUGGUCUGGAAACGGGCACGUUCUUUGUUCUUGAUACCGACUACGACAGCCUGGCAUGCGUGUAUCAGUGCCAACAAGCCACAGAAAAGGCCAAGGUAGAGUGGGCCUAUGUCUACGCCAGGAACCUUAAACAGGCUGAAGAGGCGGAGAAAAGGUGCAGGAAAGUCUUUUUAUCGAGAGGCUUCGACGUCGAAUCCUUAGUCAGAUCACCACAUCCGGACGAGACGUGCAACACCGCGAUAUAGUCGAAAAUAUUCGUUUUGUUAAUGUUAAUUUUUGUUAUUUCGUGUGUGUUUUGUUUGUUGUUAAUUUUAUCCGUUGCUUUUGUCUUAUUUAUUAAACCUAUGUUGAUCA